UGUGAAAAUAUUUUUCUGUACCCUCUGGUGUACACAAAUACUUAAAAUCUAAGUUUUACCCGCCCUUUUGAUGAUAUUUUAAUCGUGAAGCGUACGACUUUCUUUUACAGUAUACUUUAUCUCACUGCCUUGAUAAAUCCUAGAUGCAAUUUAAAAUGUAAUGUUCAAAGCAGUCCUCGGCGGAUGAAGCUUUAGCACUACUGAAGUAUCGAUUAUGCGCUGCUUUUACCUGUUGCUGCGAUAGCCGCACUUUGUUGCAAUAAUACACUGUAAGAACUAGCUUUCGCAUUGCAUGCCGCUCAAUGACCGCGCACGCGCUGACAUUACAUUGCGUGCAACAUCGAAGGGAUAGCUCAGUAAGCUGGCUACCUUUCUAAGAAAAUCAUGGGGGACAACACCGUAGACAAUCCCGUCAAUGUUUCUCCCACAUAUUUAGCCGAUAAUGAGUAUAGUAUCCAGAUAAUCCGCUGGAUACUCAAAACGAUAAACCUGUGGCCGCAACCCCCCGGCGCGUCGAUCAUCAAAAAGAUCCGCUCCGAAUUCUUGAUACUUACGUGCUACUGCCUCAUGUUCGGCACUAUGGUACCGAGUGGACUGAGCAUCUUCAUCGAGUCCCAGGAGACCCUCGACGUGAAGCUGCGAAGCUUCGGUCCGCUCACCUUCUGGUUCAUGGCAAUGAUCAACUACUCCUGCCUACUGCUGCACAUCGACGAUAUACGUAGCUGCGUGGAGCACAUGAAGGCAGACUGGCGGAUCGUCAGACGAAGCGAGGAGCGCCAGGUGAUGCUGAAAAACGCCAGGAUCGGUCGGUUCAUCGUCGGAUUCUGUGCGGUGUUCAUGCAUAGCGGUGUGUUAACGUUCAAUACCAUUCGAGGCCUCUCCAAGGACGUGAUCUACACGGAGAACAGCAGCGUGCUGGUCCGCGGGUUACCUUAUCCUUUCUACAGUAGAAUUCUGGACGCGCACUACAGUCCGGCAUACGAAUUCGUGUUUCUUCUGCAGUGCGUCUCGACUUUCCUCUUCAAUUCUGUGACUGUCGCCGUGUGCGGUCUGGCGGCGGUCUUCGUGAUGCACGCGUGUGGCCAACUCAGAAUCCUGAUGUCGUGGCUGGACAAUCUCAUAGACGGAAACGAGCGAAAUAUUUCCGUGAGACGAAAGUUCGCCAUCAUCGUGGAGCAUCAUCUGAGAGUGUUGAACUUUACCUCCCGUAUAGAAAAUAUCACAAACAUGAUAUGCCUCGUCGAAUUAGUCGGAUGUACGAUGCACAUAUGUUUAUUGGGAUAUUAUUGCAUUAUGGAUUGGGUUCAUGACAACAAGCAAAAUAUUGUGUCAUAUUGUAUGUUAUUAACUUCGAUUACUUUCAAUAUUUUCAUAUUUUGUUACAUCGGAGAGAUCUUGUCCGAACAGGGCGGGCAAAUUGGUAGAUCUGCGUAUAUGACAAACUGGUAUCUCUUACCCGGAAAUACAGCACUUGGGCUCACUAUGAUAAUUUUACGAUCAAAUGUAGCUCUUAAAAUUACUGCUGGAAAAUUUGUUCAGCUGUCGUUCGUCACAUUUGGAGGUGUAAUUAAAUCUGCAUUGGCAUAUUUAAAUUUAUUUCGAACAUUCAUUAUGUAAAUAAUAAUGCAACCCCACAGUAAAAAAUAACGAUAUAUAAGAGAUGUUGGAAUUUUCUGGAAAUUAUUAUAUAUGAUGCAUGAUUUGUAGAAUAAAAAACAGUUUUAUAGCG